UGUCAAAGUAGUCCAUAAUCUUAUGACUGAACACAAUUUUCUUUGGUGAUUGUUUGGAUUUCAUUAUUUUAUUUCUUUUAAAACUAUUUCUUUUUCAAAUUUGUGUCGACUUAUAAUCGUACAUUUCGAACAAGCGGACUACAGCUGCGGGUGCGCGAGUUGGUGCGCAAACUGCGACCAGAGAGAGUGCGCUGGCAGUUGACACAUCUGCUAGCGAGCGUCGACCCGCACUGGGCGUCCUCCACCUCUCACGCUCCUCCACCUUCACCUCCACCUCCGCCUAACCAGCAGAGCGUGGUAGUGGUGCAGUGUGAGAGAUCGGCUGAGACAUGCGCAGACUCGCAGCCUGAGCAGCCCAUGUCUGCGCACCUUGCUCAAUUGGCACCGUCAGAAGGGGAGACACCAGGAGGUGGACAUGGCAGUGUGCGGCCAAGUGAGCUGACCCUGGUAGUGGGGGGUGGACUAGCACCCCCAUCCCCCUCCCACACGCCCCGCAACAAAUCUCCGGUCACGGUUCAGGAGUGGGUCGACUCUCUUCCACUCACUCCUACCGAGGUUACCAGAGGGGAGGAGGAGGGGGAGCCACGUAUUGUUCUAUCCCAGGACCCCUCGUGUGAUGAUACCCUCACGCUUGGAGCCGAAGCGGGGUCAAUGUGUGGGCCAUUACCUCCCUCUGUACAAGUCACCAGUUGCAGGGAACCCAGUGAGAGUGGUAGCCAUUGCUCCAGCGUCGAGUCGUUGCUGGAGGCACGAAAACCCGACCCCGAAGAAGUCCUGUUGUCUCUCGGUUUCGGUGGGAACAACAGCACAGAGUGUCGUAUCCCCCAGCGGUUCCUGCGCCCGAGCCAGCUGCGUGGCGUGGCCAUUGACGACUUCCUGCGCCACCAACAGGAGAUGGUCACCAACUUUGAGACGGGCUUUUGCGGUUACCGCGGCCUCUCAGGUCCUUCUCAUACGAUGCCGUCAGUGAUCGUGGCCAAGAUCAUGGAGAAGCUGCGCGAGCACGAGAAAGAGAGUUGUUCGGUCGCGUCGCCCCCGCGCGUUUCUACAAACACUGACCAGAACAAGUUCUCACGAGUGGCACGCAACGUUCUCACCAAGAUCAGGUGUGUGCCAGGCAACUCAGUGCUGACGCCGGACAACCGCAAGUGGCUGGACAGUCAAGGGCACAAGUCACCGGAGAUUGGUCGCAAGCGCAUCAUAAUCGGCCAGCAGUCGUUCACCUUCGGCCAGGACGGAGAUCUUAUCGAGAACCACAGCCCUCCGUCCAGCCUCACAGACAGUGACAGCAGGUGGACCAGCAGCACGGGGACACCGGGUCUACACAAGACUGAGUUCUCCUCUGACAAACCGGUGUUCCCUUCCAUCCAGGAGGAUCUGAUGGAGCCUUCCCUUCCCAUCCCACCUCAUCACCCCUACACACACCCGCCACGCCAUGCGUUCGCCAACGUUGUCACCACACUGCUGGCCGAAAAACAACAACAGGAAUCCAAACUAUCGUCAUCGUCGAUGGAUGUAUCAGACGAGGACAAGCAGUGGUCGAGAUCGCUCGGGGACAGCGGACUGCCGUCGUCAGGCCGGUCCUCACGAGGUCUGGACGAGAGUGAAAUGAGUGACCAGCAGGCGAGAGUCAGCGAGGAAAGGACAUUAGGAGACGAACCGGUCUCAGAAAGUGUCUUACAAGUACCCCCUUCGUCCGAUAGUUUACUAGCACCUAUUGAACACUCUAGUCGUAAGGAAUCAAGAAGAAAAAGUGAAAACAACAGUGAACUAUCGUUUUUACCUGUUUCGGAAGAUUCAAAUGCCACCUGUAGUUUAUCGGUUUCCAGCGACAGUACAGAAGCCAGUAAAAAAUGGAGUGAGAAAUAUAAUAGUUCAGAGGUUGGACAUGAAAUAGACGAACAAAUUUUAGAAAAUUCAAUUGAGGAUUUCAAAAUCUCCGAUAGUUUAACAUUGUCAGGCGCGAUUACUAGUCUUCCGUCAUCGGAAAUGUCGACUCCUUUAUUAGCCAGUCCGUGGCCUAGUCUAGCGAGUGAACUGGAGCGUGUGGAUAAGACAUCGACAGCUAUCGUGACAGAAGGAGCUUGUUCAGACAUGCCAAAUGAGAUGAGUCAUGAUCUAAUUACGCAGAGUUCAGAAAUACCUACGAAAAGCAUGGAUGAGACCAUACAGGAGUCUCAUGCUGCAGUAUCGGCUCCAGUGAAAGUGAUAGAGAGUCUGGACAAAGUGAUAGAGUCUCUAGAGAAGAUUAUGGAACCACUCGAAGUCAUCUCGGAGAGCGAUCAACAAAUAAGCUCUGUGGUUAGGGCACAGGCAAACAGGGUGAAAUUGCUGCGCAGAUACGAAGAUCUCAGUUUAUUAGCGGAACAACUUCAGGAAGUCGGGGUGGCGGUGGAGAUUGGCUCUGCAGACCAGUUCCUGUUGCUGACCGUCAAUGAGAGGUGUGCCCUACAGUGUCGUGUGAUAAGAUUGGCACUGUCUACAUACCAGGCGCAGCUAGCCGUAGACUCAUCACAUUACGAGCUCAAGUGUUGUCUAGGCGAGGAGGCACAUCGGUUGUCAGACCUGCUCCACACUGUUGCCAACCCAGAGAAGCUGGCCACACUGGUGCAGCAGAUGUGCGAGCUCUUGAAACAUCAGGCCGAGCUGCGUGAGGAGCUUCAUGAUUGGGGCAGUGAGCCGCUCGCGUGUCACCAGCUGUGUGAGGUGGUGUUGCGGCGGCUGCGCGCACUGGAGCUGGUCGUGAGCAGGAACACACGUGCGCUGUCCGACCUGCGCAGUCAUGUCUGACCCGUGUCCGUGCAUUUUGCCGCACGUCUAAUGUUGCCAAAGAGACUCAUUACACCAUCGCACUUUUCGUUGGAGACAAGUUGGUGUGAGUUCAAGUUGAAGGUCAGUCGUGUCUGCUGCCGAUCAAAAGGGUGAAUAUUGACUUUUUCUCAAGAAAUAUUAAUAAAUCUUUUGAUUUAUUAAUCACAAAAGUCGGUCUAUCCUGAACUAGGACAAUUACUGUUUACUAAAACCGUUUCAAAAUAAAACAUUUUGACAAUUUUUAACAAAUCAUAAUAUUUUAUAUAUUAAAUGUAACAACUGAUCUGCCCCUAGACUAGGACAAAUUAUGUUUAUUAAAACUGUUUGCCGACUAGGAUUUUUACAUUUGAUGUGGAACUAAGUUAGUUUUGUACAUAGAUUUAGUCUUAUAUACAUUAGUGCAGAGUUAAUUGUGUUGGACAACUUCGGUUUCAAUGUUUAAAUUGAAAAAAACCAUUUCAGAAUAUAUUAUAUACUAUUUUGUAUGUAAUAAAUGUUAAUUUACUGUGCAAUAAAUUAAAAAUUAUCUUAUUUCAAAUUUUUA